AUGGAAGUGAUGGACGCGCAAGCAGCUCUCGACGUGAGUUUAGUUCCGUACGGUGGAGCGCACUUCCGAUAUUUCAGCCUGUGGGGUGGCAACGAAUGCGACAGGAAAAACGCCUUUAUCACGAUUUUCUCCGAUUGAAUUAUCGCAUUUUCGACCGAUACGUUCAGAUUCAAAAGAUUUUCGCUGUCUCCAUGUACGUUUAUUUUUCAUUCUUCUGUUUAAAAUCAUUCAACAUUUCCAGUGCUCGAACACACGCGGAAAGGGUUCGGGAGCAAGAGCAACUGGAAGAAGUGAAUGCGGUACUGGUGAGUUGGCAUUCGAGACCAUCCGAUCGGACCCUCUUUUCAUUUCAGCAUCGCAUCAGCACGAUGAUUUUGUCGUUGGAGAAGAACUCGGAAGAUUUAUUGUUCACUGAUUGA